GCUUGUCCUUGUUCUACUACUUCCACUUCUACCCUCGCAUGAUGCGAAUACAUUUACCGGUGUGUACAUGAUGAAGUCGUAAAAAAAGUAGAACGACUAGCGGAAAACCAGAGAAAAAGCACUCAAUGCACGUCCUAGGUCGCGCUUUUGUCUUCUUGUGACUUUGUCUUUGCUUCACUGCAUCUCCACCAACUCUUGACCGCGUCGUUCCAUUUGUGCGGUUCAUCACCUCUCUCACCCAAGCUAGCAUGCUGGAUCCGGCUGCGUUUUCGCAGGACCAAAUCAAGGUGACCGGUGGCGUCGUCGGCGCUGUCGUCUCCAACGCUUUCGGGAUCCCAGCGGACAAAUUUCGCGUAGUCGUUGCCCAGGAUGUCACGUCAAGCCAGGCGGUGGCCUCGCACCUGCGAGCUACCUUGAGUUCCCCGCAGGCCGCCUUCACGGGCGCGACCGCGCGGGUGUCCAUGAAAAUCCUCGCCACCGCUAUGAAUCUGUACGUGCCCCCCGAGUGGCGCGAGCAGAAUCCUUUCGGGUGCGCGUUCGGCAUCGGCUUCGGCUUCUCGCCGAUACUGAACAUUCCAAGAAUAUUUCAGCUGGGCAAAAUCGCAGGAGACACGUACCCAGCAACGUUCAGGAACUUCUUCUGCUCGUUCUCUGGCCUGCAGAAGUACGCUGCGAACACGGCCAUGUUUGCGCCAGGUGAGGGCCUGCGCAUGAUGGUUUGUUUCGGUACGAAAGACUGGAUGAUGCCCAAAAUCGGUGGCAAAGAAGAUCCACGGUAUAGAUGUUAUGAUACUUUGUUUUUCGCUCACCAGAAGCUGAUGAGUUUCGCCGUCACCGCUCCAUAGAAGCACUUACUAGGUAGUGCGGGCUACAACUUUUUCAUCAUCUCGGAAAGACUAUAUAGCAAAUUGAUUUACUACGUUCCUAUACAGAUCAUGAUCAACUAGAACUACGCGCCUUCCACCAUGACAGGAGGUAUUGAUUGAUUGCAAUGAAAAACAGGUCGGUGAGCAUCCCGGGUCAUUGCGCCUCGAUGGCAGCCGUUGCGGGCCCGACGGUUGCACUGGUCGAAACCGUAUUUGCGCUCACCACCGAAACAGUAUCGACCAUCCACGCAAAGAAUGCUGCGGUUGCAGACGGUACACAGAAAAAGGCGUUUUCGGAACUACUGAGGGAGACAAUCACCCCAACUUACACAGGUCGUUGCUUCGCCAGUCUGUUCGCCAAAAACAUAUUGGCGAACACAAGUCUCUUCUGGGUCAUGUUCAUGUCCGACUUCUACACAAAGAAAAAUCAGCUGCUGGGAGGCGGCCCACGAUAGAAGCACUUCAUUUCUACGAGUUGUGCAAAUAGAAUCAGCGCGCCAUCAUUAUCCUGCAAGUUUAAGUUUUUCGAAUCAAUGUCAAUCAUUUUACCAAGCGCAGAGAAGGAAAAGAACUCCUGACUUAACUCUGCGAACCUCUUCGGCGCGUCGUAUGUGUGUGAGUCCAU